GGGGCUGGCUGUGGCCACCUCGGCGGUGUCCAGGGCUGGCUUCUCUGUUGAUCUCCCCCUCCCUUGCUUCCGUAGGCUCACGGCGCGGCCGGACAUUGUGGGUGUGCGCGGUGGAUUUCUCCCGGAUGCUCCCCGACUAACAUGGACGUCCCACCAUCCCUUGCAGUGCAAGGUGGCUCCUUGGCGCAGUGAGUGGAGAACAUGCAGCGAUUGCUAAUGGGUUCGGGGAACGGAGACUCCUUCCGCCCUCAGUGACCAUGCCGUGAUCGUGUCGGCGGCCACCACUCGACACAUCCUCAUUCCUGCCCGACCGGGGAGCCGAACGCUAGAGCGGGGAAGUGGGUGCCGCGCGCGUGGGCACAGAAACACCAUGAAGAUUACUGCCCCGAUCCUAAGUCACCCAGUCUCCAGGCGCACCCUUAAACUCCUGCUCUGCUUACUGUGGAUUGGAUAUUCCCAAGGCACCACGCAUGUGUUGAGAUUUGGUGGUAUUUUUGAAUAUGUGGAAUCUGGCCCAAUGGGAGCUGAGGAACUUGCAUUCAGAUUUGCCGUGAACACAAUUAACAGAAAUAGAACUUUAUUGCCCAAUACCACCCUAACCUAUGACACUCAGAAGAUAAACCUUUAUGACAGCUUUGAAGCAUCUAAGAAAGCCUGUGAUCAACUAUCUCUUGGGGUGGCCGCCAUCUUUGGCCCUUCGCACAGCUCUUCCGCAAACGCAGUCCAGUCCAUCUGUAAUGCUCUGGGUGUUCCCCACAUACAAACCCGCUGGAAACACCAGGUGUCUGACAACAAAGAUUCCUUCUAUGUCAGUCUCUACCCAGACUUCUCUUCACUCAGUCGUGCUAUUCUGGACCUGGUUCAGUUUUUCAAGUGGAAAACCGUUACAGUAGUGUAUGAUGACAGCACUGGCCUCAUUCGUUUGCAAGAGCUCAUCAAAGCACCAUCAAGGUACAAUCUUCGGCUUAAAAUCCGUCAGUUACCAGCUGAUACAAAAGAUGCAAAACCUUUACUUAAAGAGAUGAAAAGAGGCAAGGAAUUUCAUGUGAUCUUUGACUGUAGUCAUGAAAUGGCAGCAGGCAUUUUGAAACAGGCAUUAGCUAUGGGAAUGAUGACAGAAUAUUAUCAUUAUAUCUUUACUACUUUGGACCUCUUCGCUCUCGAUGUGGAGCCCUACCGAUACAGUGGUGUUAACAUGACAGGGUUUCGAAUAUUAAAUACAGAAAAUACCCAAGUUUCCUCUAUCAUCGAAAAGUGGUCCAUGGAACGGUUGCAGGCACCUCCAAAACCUGAUUCAGGUUUGCUGGAUGGAUUUAUGACGACUGAUGCAGCUCUGAUGUACGAUGCUGUGCAUGUGGUGUCCGUGGCCGUCCAGCAGUUUCCCCAGAUGACAGUCAGCUCCUUACAGUGUAAUCGGCACAAACCCUGGCGUUUUGGGACCCGCUUUAUGAGCCUCAUUAAAGAGGCACACUGGGAAGGCCUUACAGGCAGAAUCACUUUCAAUAAAACCAAUGGCUUACGGACUGAUUUUGAUUUGGACGUGAUCAGCCUCAAGGAAGAAGGUCUUGAAAAGAUUGGCACUUGGGAUCCAGCCAGUGGCCUGAACAUGACAGAAAGUCAAAAGGGAAAGCCAGCCAACAUCACAGACUCCUUAUCCAAUCGCUCUCUGAUUGUUACCACCAUUUUGGAAGAACCCUAUGUUCUAUUUAAGAAGUCUGAUAAACCUCUUUAUGGAAAUGACCGGUUUGAGGGCUAUUGCAUUGACCUUCUCAGAGAGCUCUCUACAAUUCUUGGCUUUACAUAUGAAAUUAGACUUGUGGAGGACGGGAAGUAUGGAGCCCAGGAUGAUGCCAAUGGACAAUGGAAUGGAAUGGUUCGUGAACUAAUUGAUCAUAAAGCCGACCUGGCAGUUGCUCCAUUGGCUAUUACCUACGUCCGAGAGAAGGUCAUCGAUUUUUCCAAGCCCUUUAUGACACUCGGAAUAAGUAUUUUGUACCGCAAGCCCAAUGGUACAAACCCAGGCGUCUUCUCCUUCCUGAAUCCUCUCUCCCCUGAUAUCUGGAUGUAUAUUCUGCUGGCUUACUUGGGUGUCAGUUGUGUGCUCUUUGUCAUAGCCAGGUUUAGUCCCUACGAGUGGUAUAACCCCCACCCGUGCAACCCUGACUCCGACGUGGUGGAAAACAAUUUCACCUUGCUAAAUAGCUUCUGGUUUGGAGUUGGAGCUCUCAUGCAGCAAGGUUCUGAGCUCAUGCCCAAAGCGCUCUCCACCAGGAUAGUGGGAGGCAUUUGGUGGUUUUUCACACUUAUCAUCAUUUCUUCGUAUACUGCUAACUUAGCCGCCUUUCUGACAGUGGAGCGCAUGGAAUCGCCUAUUGACUCUGCUGAUGAUUUAGCUAAACAAACCAAGAUAGAGUAUGGAGCUGUGGAGGAUGGAGCCACCAUGACCUUCUUCAAGAAAUCAAAAAUCUCUACGUAUGACAAAAUGUGGGCUUUCAUGAGCAGCAGGAGGCAGUCCGUGCUCGUCAAAAGCAAUGAAGAAGGCAUCCAGCGCGUGCUCACCUCCGAUUACGCUUUCCUCAUGGAGUCCACCACCAUCGAGUUCGUCACUCAGCGCAACUGCAACCUGACGCAGAUCGGCGGCCUGAUCGACUCCAAAGGGUAUGGCGUCGGCACGCCCAUGGGUUCUCCAUACAGAGAUAAAAUCACCAUAGCGAUCCUUCAGCUUCAAGAGGAAGGCAAGCUGCACAUGAUGAAGGAGAAGUGGUGGAGGGGCAAUGGUUGCCCGGAGGAGGAGAGCAAGGAGGCCAGCGCCCUGGGGGUUCAGAACAUCGGUGGCAUCUUCAUUGUGCUGGCAGCUGGCUUGGUGCUCUCGGUUUUUGUGGCUGUGGGAGAAUUUUUAUACAAAUCCAAAAAAAAUGCUCAAUUGGAAAAGAGGUCCUUCUGCAGUGCCAUGGUAGAAGAACUGAGGAUGUCCCUCAAGUGCCAGCGCCGGUUAAAACACAAGCCACAGGCCCCUGUUAUUGUAAAAACCGAAGAAGUCAUCAACAUGCACACAUUUAACGACAGAAGGUUACCAGGUAAAGAAACCAUGGCAUAAAGCUGGGAGGCCAAACACCCAAGCACAAACUGUCGUCGUUUAUCCAAACAAUUUAGCGAGAAUGUUUCCUGUGGAAAUAUGCAACCUGUGCAGAAUAAAAAUGAGUUACCUCAUACCGCUGUGUCUAUGAACUAGAGACUUUGUGAUCGAAGCAGUUACAAUGAUCAGACUUGAUUCACAAGUAUCCUGGAUCAACCAAGUUUCACGGGGUUACACUGUCUAUCAAAGGUUCCUCCCUUCUGCUGAGUGAAUGUCACACACGCAUUUUGUGACUGGUUUCAAAUGCAGUCCAGUGAGAAAUUAUUGGUUCUUUUUGAAGUCCAACUGUCGCCAGGAGAUGGAAUAUCAAUGUCCAACAGGGUAACCAGUAAAAGAAUCAUUAUGAAAAAUAAAAAAUACUUGGAAUCAGCAAAAACUGUAGUGUUACAAGAAACAGUACAAUCUUCUGAACACCCAGAUAACAGAGGUGAUGUUACUAGCCCCCCGACUACUGAGUACAGUGAUCAUUUGAAUAGACAACAUGUGUUCAUAGAAUGUGAAGCAAACAAAGAAAAAAUGUCACACAAAACAAAUCGGAAUUUCCUGGCAAGUGGAAUAUAAAGCAGACCAUCAUGAGUUUUAUUUUUGUUUAUGUUUUGUUCUUGUUAGUCUGUGUCACUGAUCGAAAUAGAAAUGUCAGUCACCAAGGCAAUAAUGUUGUUUGUUUUUGUUAUUUUUCUUACAUUCACCAAGGUGGGAGCUUUAACAAACAACUCUGCUAGAUCCCUAUCAAUUCUCUGCCCCCCCACAUGUCAUUUCACCCACCAGACCCCAAGAAUAAGAAUGAAAAGCAGCAGUUGGCUCAGUGAUUCUGGGUUCAGGAGGAGGAGGAUUUGUAAUCAUUGCCCUAAGUUGUCAAAGAGGCCGCGUGUUGAUAGAGAUGUGGAAGUUGGAAGCUUUCGCUCUAACAUUCAGAUCUGUCAACUCAACCCCUCAUUCCUGCCAUAAAUGAACUUGAUGGAGGCUGGGCGGAUCUUGGUGAUAUGAGAAAGGGGACUGGUCAUCUAUGGAAAAGUAUGAUCGAAGAACUUUGUAGUGGACUGCAUUUAUCAAUACAGUCACAAUGUUAAAUGAACAAAAUCCUUGAGCAGUUUUUUUUUUCCAAAAAAAAUGUUCAGGUUUAUUUGUGGAAAUGCAAGAUUUCUAUGAAAAUAGUUUUUGUAUGGAAAUUUUUGUAAUACUUUUUAUCAACAAACUAAGAACAUGUGUUCCAGUCAGGGGUGUGAUGUCAAGCAUGAAUGGUAGUGCGUGUGCACCACCAACGUUUGGUGAAAACUAUUUUUAUCAAGAGAAAAGGAAUCAUAGAAGAGAAAUAUUUUCAAGUUAGAUAAUAUAAAAGCUAGGUGCACUACCACCACUGCUUACCAUGCCACCCCUGGUUUCCACGAGGCUGAUCACAUACUGUAAUGAACAAUUGUGUGUAAAAUGGUAAAAGACACAGCCCUCUUGACAACAUUGUGAAAACAAUUGAGUGCACACAGUUUGCUGUUUGAACCCAAUGCACAAAAUUAAAAAAAAAUCAUUAAAAUGAUGUCCAUUUUGCUUUCA